AUGAAACGUCAGCCUCCUAAUGUUAUAAUCGGAGCAUCUAAAUCCAAGAUGCGUCAAACAACCUUGGUUCCCACCGAGAAUCUUUCACAGUCAAUAAAUGAAGAAUUGUGGGAAAAUACCGUCUCUCUGUUAGUAUAUACACAUCCCAAGUGUGAACCCAGUAGCAAAAUUUUAGGCCUAGAUAUGGACGGAACAAUUAUUGUUCCGUCUUCAGGAAAAGUUUUUCCGAAAGACUACCAAGAUUGGAAAUUGAUCAACGACAAUGUUAUCCCUAAGCUCAAGGAAUAUUUUGAAAAAGGAUAUAAAAUUGUUUUGUUUUCUAACCAAAAAGGUAUAACAAAAGGCUACCAAGAUAUACCUAGUUUCAAGUUAAAAAUACAAAAUAUUGUGGACAAAUUAAACAUACCAAUCCAGGGUUUGUUUUCUAUCUUAGAUGAUAGAAACCGCAAACCUCUCACCGGAAUGUGGGAUUUUCUUAAUGACAAAGGUAAUGCUGGAAUGUCUAUUGAUUUGUUCGCAUCCUUGUAUUCUGGCGAUGCUGCUGGUCGUCCAGCUUCUGGAAAGCGUAAGAAAGAUCAUUCAUGUGCUGAUCGUUUAUUUGCCCAAAAUGUUGGAAUUCGCUUUUUAACACCAGAACAGCUGUGGUUUGAUCAAUUAGACACAGAGAAAUUUGAGAUGCCUAAAUUCAAUCCAACUGAAUUGUUAACUAAUGACGAUGUACAAAAUAGUAAAUUACCAAAAAUUGACCGACCAAACAAAUCAGAGCUUAUUUUAAUGGUAGGACCUCCUGCGUCUGGUAAAUCGCACUUUUGUAGUCGAGUGUUGGCACCGUUAGGUUAUGAAGUAAUUAGUAGGGAUAAUGUUGGUACAUGGCAAAAAUGUGUACAAGCUGUUGAACAAUCUAUAUCUAAAGGUCUUCCAGUUGUAGUCGACAAUACAAAUAUGGAUUUAGAGUCACGAACACGUUAUAUUAAAAUUGCUAAAGUAUGGGAUAUACCAGUGAAAUGUUUUAUCAUGGAGACAUCUAUGGAACAUGCUCAACAUAAUGAACGUUUUCGCGCUCUAACAAAUUCGUCGCAUAAACCAAUCAGUCAAAUGGUUUUCAACAUGAUGAAAUCAAAAUAUGAAAAACCAACUAUGGAAGAAGGUUAUCAAGAAAUUAUAACUAUUCCAUUUAUAUUAGACAAGAAUAUGGAAAAUCUUUCAUUAUAUUGUAAAUAUUUAUUGGAAAAGUAA